AUGCAAGCAGACUGCGAGCUGCUGCUCGAGUUCCAGGAGGGGGCAGAGAGAUGCCGGGCCAUGGACAUCGCGACAAACAUGUCCGCUGCCCGCUGGCACCUUGGCUGCCGCUCCAAGUGGGACAAUGUCUCGUGUUGGCCAGCGUCCGCCAUUGGAGAGAUCGUGGUGCUGCCGUGUCCCAGAUUCCCAUCGCUGUUCACCCGCACAACAGGGAACAUCAGCCGUCGCUGCACCAGCGAGGGAUGGACUGACCUGUUCACCUCCUACUCCGCUGCGUGUGGCUACAACCCCAACAACACGGAGCCUGAUGUCAAGGAAGCGUUCCUAGAGCGCGUGAAGCUCAGCUACACAGUGGGCCACAGCCUUUCCCUGAUCUUCCUCACCGUUGCCCUGUUCCUCCUCUGCCUCUUCAGGAAACUCCACUGCACCAGGAACUACAUCCACAUCAACCUCUUCCUCUCCUUCAUCCUGAAAGCGGUCUCCGUCUUCGUGAAGGACGCCAUCCUGUUCGGCAGCGAGACCGAUCAGUGCAGCCCGUCAACGACGUCCUGUAAAGUCGCCAUCGCCUUCUUUCACUUCAGCGUCACCGCAAACUUCUUCUGGCUGCUGGCGGAGGCCGUGUACCUGCACACGCUCAUGGCCGUCUCCUUCUUCAUCGACAACGAGCACUUUGGCUCCUACUUUGCCAUCGCCUGGGGUAAGGGUGGCUGCCCCUCAACCACCUGCCCCUCAACCACCUGCCCUUCAACCACCUGGGCUCCGGCAUUGAUCACACUCACCUGGUCGCUGGUGAUGCUGCAUUACGAUGAUGUGGGGUGCUGGGAUUCCAUUCGGUCUCCAUACUUCUGGAUCAUAAAAGCUCCGAUCUCGCUGACAAUCCUGGUGAACUUCCUCCUCUUCAUCUGUAUCGUCCAUAUUCUGGUCCAGAAAGUCUACUCAUCGGACAAUCGCAUCUCUGAAUGCCGGCAGUACCUGAGGCUGGCCAGAUCCACGCUGUUCCUCAUCCCUCUCUUCGGUGUGAACUACAUGGUCUUUGUCUUCGUCCCCCACCACCUCAACAGCUACGUGCAGCUGGUCUUCGACUUGACACUCGGUUCCUUUCAGGGUUCCAUUGUGGCCACCUUGUAUUGCUUCCUAAAUGGAGAGGUACAGGGCGAGCUGGCUUGCAGGUGGCAGCAAUGCUGUGUCCAGUGGUAUCUGCCGGCCAAGGCCAGGUAUGGCCUGCCCCCCGCGGAGAGCUCCAAGGAGGGCACCCAGCUCUCGCUGGUGGCCAGCUACAGCCCCCCCAUCAGGGCCGACAAUCCGGAGACCGGUUCCAGCCUCGUCUAG